AUGGAACCUGACAAGGAGGCUACCGCCAAUCAUGUGGAGGCUUUGAACGAGCCUCCAGUGGUGACUCAGGAAAAGUCUAUCACGUCGCAGCAAAGGCUGGCCUUCAUUGCGGAGAAGGAAAUGACCCUCCUUGCUGGUCUCAAGAAAUACCCCUGGUCCGUGUUCUGGUCUGUCAUAGUCUCCAUGAUAAUCGUCAUGGAGGGUUACGACAUUGUCUUGCUGGGCGGACUCCUCCCCCAGCCCGCCUUCAGGAAGCACUACGGGAGCUAUAGCGAUGCCCAUGGCUGGCAGAUUUCCGGGCCCUGGCAGGCCGGCCUGAACAACGCUACCACCUGCGGUACCAUCUUUGGCGCCCUGGCAAACGGAUACCUUACUAGCGGCAUGCUCGCUGCUGCCAACUUCCUCUGCGGUUUGCCUUGGGGACUAUUCUCGGUCAUGGCUCCAGCUUACGCGUCUGAAGUCACCCCUAAUGUUCUUCGCGGUUAUCUCGCCAACUUUGUGUGUUUCUGCUGGGCUGCGGGAAUGUUGAUCUCCUCGGGCGUCCAAACAGCGUUUUCCAAGCGCCAGGACCAGUGGGCAUAUAGAAUACCGUAUGCAAUCCAAUGGGCAUGGCCAGUACCGCUGAUGUGCAUCCUUUGGUUUGCGCCAGAGUCACCCUGGAUCCUGGUCCGCAGGAAGAACUAUGCCGAGGCAGGGCGGAUGAUUGAGCGACUCUCAUCGAAGAAUGAGAUGGUCGACAAGGACGCCGUCGUUUCUAUGAUGAAACACACUAUUGAGACAGAGCAAGAACUUGAGGCCGGCACUUCCUACUGGGAUUGCUUCAAAGGUGCUAAUCUAAGGCGGACCGAGAUUUCCUGCGUGGCCUUCAUGUGCCAGCAAUUUGAUGGCACAGCUAUUACAGGCAACGCUGUUUACUUCUUCACGCAGGCAGGUGUCGGGACCGAGACUGCGUAUAACCUCUCUGUGGUGUCCCUCGCCCUGUCUUGUGUUGGAGUGGUUGUGUCCUGGUAUCUGAUCUAUCGGUUUGGCCGUCGAACUCUAUAUCUCUUCGAGCUAUGGACUUCACUCAUUGGCCUUCUCGCCGUAGCCACCGCUGCGACGAUAUCUGAUUCACAGAAGAGCAGCUAUGCGCAAGCCGGCAUCGUCAUAUGUUCCGUUCUCAUUCGGUUCGCUACCACAGGCCCUGUAUGUUAUGCGAUCCUCGCCGAAAUAUCCUCAGUCAGCCUCAGGAGCAAGACCAUAUCAAUUGCACGAGUCGCCUAUUAUAUUUCACAAAUUGUUUGCAACACCUUGCAAACAUAUCUCAUCAACCCGACCGAACUGAAUCUCAAGGGAAAGUCAGGCUGGGUUUGGAGCGGUAGCUGCAUUCUCCUCAUCGUGUGGGCGUAUUUCCGUCUUCCAGAGACAAAGGAUCGUCUCUUUGAAGAGAUCGAUUUGUUGUUCGCAAACAGAGUCCCUGCUCGGAAAUUCCGAGUGACAGAUGUCGACCUCUUCGAUUUCACCGGCACCAAGGAAGAUGAAAAGGCAUGA